AUGAAAAGAAGAAAAUGGCUCAACAUUACUUGGGCUGUUACAAUAUAUAUAAUUUUUGGAAUGAUAAAUGUAUCAUCAUACAGUGAAGGAAGAAAAAGGAACAAUAAAAUGUACAGCUAUGUAAUUAAUGGUUAUAGUGAAUAUAAAAACAAGUAUUCUUUUUUAAGGAAGCCGAAGAAUGUCGUACAUAUGGAAAAUAACAACUUUGAUAUGGAUAGAUUAUCUUUAUUAAAAAAUUUAGAAGAAGAAUCUAAAAUAGUAACAGAAGGAGAAGGUUGGGAUAAGACACAUCCCUUGUUAGAAAUAAAAGAUUUACAUGCAAUAGAGAUAGAAGGAGAGAAAGAAAUAUUAAAAGGAAUAAAUUUAGAAAUAUAUUUAGGUGAGAAGCACACAAUUAUGGGAAGGAAUGGUUCUGGAAAAUCAACCUUAGCAAAAGUAAUAGCUGGUCAUCCAUAUUAUAAAGUAACAAAAGGUAUAAUAAAAUAUAAAGGAUUAGAUUUAAUUAAUUUACCUGUAAAUGUUAGAUCGCUAUGUGGUAUUUUUUUAGCUUUUCAAUAUCCGGUUGAACUCCCUAUGGUAAAAAAUAAUGAAUUCCUAAGAGCAGCAUUAAAUUCACAUAGAAGAUAUAGAAAUGAAGAAGAGAUAAGUGUAAGUGAAUUUAAUUUAAUGAUGAUAGAAGAAAUAAAAAAAGUUGGAUUAUCGAGUGAAUUUUUAGAUCGACCUGUUAAUUAUGGAUUUAGUGGAGGAGAAAAAAAAAGAAAUGAAAUAUUACAAAUGUUAAUUUUGAAGCCAACAUUUUGUAUUUUAGAUGAAACAGAUUCUGGAUUAGAUGUGGAUUCUUUUAAACUUACCUCUAAUGUGAUAACCAACUUUUCAAAUAACAAUAAUUCUUUUUUAAUAGUAACACAUUAUAAAAAAUUAUUAGAAUUAUUAAAGCCAAAUUUUAUACACAUUAUGCAUCAAGGGAAAAUAAUAGAAAGUGGAGAUUAUUCCCUGGUUGACAAAAUAGAAAAUAAGGGGUACUCUCAAUUCCUUAAGGAAUAG